AUGCAACGGCAAUCUUUAGGCUCUCCAGGAAGAGGAGAACUGGUAGUUGAAGCUAAAAACGACGCUGUCUCAACUACCGAUGAGCGAAAACGCCGUGAAUCAUCACCAAUUUCCUUCUCCGGUGUCGAUGACGAGGAAAUCAAGCCGGAAAAACCUUUCCGACGGUGUCAUUCUCAACCUGAAAAAUUCAUUCAUUUAAUUCCUAUCUUUAUUUUUCUCUGUUUCUUCACCCUUUAUCUCUCUUCUCACGAUCCUUCUCCUAAAGAGUUGGCUCUGUUUCCUGGAUUCUCACAUCCAGAGAAAAUAAUCGAUUCGACGGACAUUGACGACAUUGGAAGAUUUGAUGAUAAUAAGUUAAAAAGAAGUGGUGUAUUUGCGAUACGAAGUUUACGGAAUUUGCAAGAGGAAGGCAAUCAGAAAUCUCGCUCUCAUCGGAAACUCGGCGAUUUUUAG